AGAAGCAAUAGCCAGAGAAGUUGAUAAACGUAUGGAGGCCCAUCUUCUUUACGACUAGAGGAAGCAGGAACAAUAGACUAGCAGCAGUAGUAGAAAGUACUUCGAGAGCAAUAGGUGGUGUAAAAAGUAGUAGUUUUGAAUUUUUCAUACUAAUCCUUCGUAGAGCAAACACGUAAAGAUGCCUUACCGCGCAGAAACUGACGUCGCCCUCGAUGCCUUCACGCGGAGUCUCGAAGAACGGGAUAUGUCCAACUUCGCCGCCGAUGAGCAUCGGAACAACUUGAAGCUGUUGAUAUCCCAUGUAAAACCGUCCUAACCCCAUAGUCGUCAUGUAAAUCUGCACGCUCAAAAUGUUUCUCAUGCGGAGCAGCUCCAUGACAAGCAAAAUUUUCUACGUCGUGUUUUGGAAUUUGUAAUGCUCUAAUCAGAAUAAUGGACCAGAUCUGUUAUGCUGCUGAACAAGCCAAACAGGAUUUUUACAUUACGAAGCUAAACUUGUCAUGCGCAACAAUCGAAGCUGGCUGAUUUGUCUAGCAGAUUUCCCGUCUUGACUAUGGGAUGGGAACGGUUUUGCUCAGGAUAGGUGCGGAACGCGAAAGAGCAGGACUUGCAAGAGAAGGAGCAACAGAAACUCAAGUUGCAAGCGGAGCUCGCGGCGCACAAGUCCCUGGUCGUGACUGAGCAUGAUAAUCGGCAACGGCAGAAUACCCUGAUCAAAAACUUCCCCACCCCAGAGUUCUUGUCAUGCAAAUCUGCAUGGUAAAAGUCCCCACCCCAGAGUUGUAAUGCACCUCUGCAUGGUAAAGUAAUGUGCAUGGUAAAUCCCCAUGAGAGUGAGACGCAUUUUCCAGUGCUCUUUGAAAUUUGUGAUGCUACAAUCAGCAUGAGGUACUAAAUUUGUGAUGCUGCUGCACUAGCUAAACGCGACUACAUUCCGAGCCCAGACUUGUCAUGCACAAGAACGGCUGAUUUCUUGUCUUGCAGAUUUCCCAACUUGACUAUGGGGUGGGGACGUUUUUACUCAGGACGCAAAAACACGACAAACUGGCCGAGUUAGAAGCCAAAUACCUCCAAGCCAAACUCGAGGUGGAAUCGCUCGACACCGAACUGGCGAAGGCCGCUUACACGAAGGCGAAGUCCGCGGAAGAAGAGCUAUAUCAUGUCGGAAACAAUCCCAUCGACCUGCACGUACUUAGUCGUUCUAACAUGAUCACGAGACUUCUUACCACGUCCACGUCAACGUCUGACAUCCAAUAAGUAAUGCAGGACCGCAUCCGCAUCGUCCCUAGUAGUUGUACUCCCGACCAUUCGGAUGCGUUCUUUCCAGGUGAGUUUUUCUUCGCCCACCGCCUGGCAGUUGUUACCUGUUUGGUGUUGUGGGGCGCGGGCGAUGCUUUGCAUGACAGAGGAAUUCGUUUACAAGAAUCCGAUGGUGACGUUGACGAUACGUGUUUCAUUUGAACAUGAAGUGCGGGGAGAUAGGAUUUUUUCCUCGUGAUAAGCCGCAUCACAAGAUUCUCCAGUGUGACAAGUUAUGCAUUGGAAAUAUUUCAUCUGGAUCUGGGACGAGGAUACACUCAGUGGCAUGCUCAAUCUGGAUGAUGAUGAUCGUACAAACAAAAACUGUGUUACAUACAUGAACAAAAAUGAAAUCUGUGUUGCAUGAUGAACGUGAAAAAUUGCUAGACUCUUGUUACGCACCGGGCGUAAGCAUUAUGCGGCUCUUGUAAAAAAAUCAGUGAUGAUUUUCUCUAAUUUUAUCUUGUCCGCAUCGCAGAUUUUCUAUGUAUUCUUAUUUGGUUGUCAUCCCGCACGACAGUUAUGCAUGGCAACAUUCUUCGAGACCCAGACAUUUUUCCUCUCCACGCGAGGAGAUUAUCCAGAAGGAACUGGAAAAAUUGACGGCGAAUCGGUCACUGACGGUGCAUAUGCAUUGGGAAAGUAUCGCGCUCGUAUAUGAAUUGCAGUACAGCACCAGGAAAGCAUAAUCAAGUCUACAUUAGCAUUUCUUGUCAUGUUGGUUUGCAUUUCGAAGAUAGGUUGGGAAGCACAAGUUGUUCUUGUAGCAUUGCUGCAGAACCCGGUGCAAUUCGUACGAAUGCGACACUUUUGCACAGCAUAGUUGACGACGAGUGUAUAGUCAGUCGUUCCUUGUUUUUAAAUUGUUUUUAGCCCUAGGCAUUUCGACUUUUCUUGCUUUUUACCAACAGGAAAAUAAAAAGUACCAUGAUCAGCACCAGCAAAAUUUAUAAAAAGUGCCUGUUUCGGCAGACAAUCCAACAGAAGAAUCAUCAAUACAACAACGUCCUUUCAAUUUAUUGGCUUUGAGUUCACCUCUCGCACUGUGUCCAUUGUGAUGCCGAGGCGAUGUGUAGCAGCAAAACUUAGUGACAAAACUCACAUUCAGAUGUGGCAUUGAAGAGGUAUGGAAGAUUGCAAAAAUGUUUGGGUCUGGAAGGUUAGAACUUGUGAUGCUAUUUUUGGAAUUUAAGAAAAUCUGUAUUGCAUGAGCAGCAAGAAGCGUCCAGCUCUUGCUCCGUGGAGAGGACAUUUUUCAUGCGGGAUAGGCAUCUAGAUACGCGCAAAUAAUUUGUGAUGCUGGGGCAUACAUCGCAGACAUCCCGGGUCAUGCAAAAUGUACAUGACAAACCGUGCAAUCUUCCAGACCCAGACAUUUUUGCAUUUGAUAAGAGGGGACGGAAGGCGAUUUCGCCAGACGACCACGCGGAACUGCUGAGCCAGGUGAACAACAGCAGUGCUGGGAGUCCAAGUACUACUGUCUAUCCACUGCAAAGAUGUGUGGGUCUGGAAGGAUUCGAACUUGAAAUGCGGAUUCUGGAGUCGUGCGCAAACAUCAUAGUGUGUUUGUCUAGUGGACAACUUUUGGCAUUGCCAAAAGUUGUCCACUUGUUGCUGCGCAAGUAGCGAGCUUUAUAUUUCUGGUAGGAUAGCAGCAACAAAUCAAGAGACCUGAACAAAGCAUGCUUUUGCGCGCGGCAUUCCAGAGGGAGCAUCUGCGUGAUCCAAAAGAGGCAUGACAAAAUUGCGCAGUCUUUCAGACCCAGACAUAUUUGCAUUCGAUACUGUGGUCCUGGAUCUAAUUAUACGGAAAUAUUUGAGGUUUUGGGAUGCAGCAACUCCAUUUUUCGUCUUGUCGCAUGAGCGCUUAUGUUUACAACAGGAUGAAGUUCAAAAUUCAUUGCUGAAAAUAAACACAAACAGUGGACCACGUUUGGGAAGCGCUCAGCGCUCCCGGAGCCUCCAAGGUGAAGGUACAGCGCACGGGUAUAUCGAGAGGAAGAUGCUUGAAUCUCUCCAGACCAAAAUCUUGCCAUGACCUCACGCAAAAGACGCGUGUUUCUGUGCAUCGACGGGACUACUACUGCGUUUUGCAUGACAUGCAAGCAUUACGCCCUCCCUCCUCGUGCGCUGCAGCACGCGUCCCAAAUUUUUACGCUGUCGCGCAGACCCCCACCAGCGGAUGAUAAGCCGGCGCUUGUAGUAAUCAUUAAAUUUGAAUUUGUAUGACGGAAAAAUGUUGUGCCUCGUCUCUGGAGCGGUCCGCGAGUCUCUUCGUCUGGAUAUUGGGGCACGCCCCCGAGGGACGACCAGCUGAGCAACACCCUGCUCUUAUCAAGAUGCGAAUGCCACCUCCUUCCCCGUAUCCGAAAGAAAUUUCGUCUGCAGGAUUCACUUCGUACAAACGUCAGUUUGCAUAUGCAAAAAUUUUCUUUGUCAUAUUCUACGGGAUGUUGGGAGAUGCUAUUCUCACUUCGAUACAUUCCGUCCGUGAAUGGCCAGGCGGUUUCGGACCAGCUGUCGCAGACCAUCUUGGGCUCAGGCAAUGUGCAGAAUGAUGGUACAGUAAUACAACUCAUUUGUUGUGAGCAACAAGGAGCUGUGAUGCAUGUGAGUCCUGAUAGAUUCAAUUUGAUUUGAAUUUGUGUUGCAUAUCUGUGCAUAGACAACAGCAUGAAAUAAUCGCAUUACAGAAUAAUCAGCAGGCAUAAAGAAGUUUAUUCUACCACCGACACUGAAAUGAAAAAGAAAAACACAGGUUUUCACUCCCGCCACGGCAUCACCCCCUUAGACGACAUAUCCCACGAAAAUUUUGCGCUCCCUAGUCAUCGAUCAUGGCUGUGCCUGUUGAUCCUGAAGACUAUUGCAGCUUCUACGAAGAGUUUGUAGUUCUUGCGACGUUUAUUUGACUACGCUUUUCCUCCAACGAGAACCAACUCGUCCUCCAAACGGAUGAAUUCUUCCGGAUCAACAUCGCAGUUUUACGUCGAAAAGCUCAAACGUUUCCUUGCAUAUCUGAACGUGAUCGAGGGAGAAAUCGCGAUGGGCGACGCCGCCAGCACUGGCACGAACCUGAUCGAUAAUCUAAUGCGAACCAAUUCUUAGGAAACAGAAUAACUGUGCGUCUCAAUAAAGUCACAGGUUGACGUUGUGUCAUGUCACGUUGUAUGCUGGGUAAAAACUUUCUCCACCCCAGGUUUGUCAUGCAGAUUUGCAAUUGCAGAAGCAUUUGCGAUGCGCAUUUUCAUGAGAACCAUUUUCCAUCAAUUUUUGGCAUUUGUAAUGCUGGGAACAAGAUAAAGAGAUGGAUUUGUGAUGCGGCUCUCCAUGCUGAAGCUGACCGGCGCUGCAAUACAGAGGAAAACUUGUCAUGCGAGACUUCCAAAACUUCUGGAUCUGUGUUGCAAACUUCCCAGAACUUGAACAUGGGGUGGGGAUGUUUUUGCUCAGGAUAAUAUGUUGACGAACGUACUUCAUUCCGUAUUCGUUCUGCAUGAGUUGUAAUGGUACCAGCGAAUGGGAGAGUCGAAAACUGCAUGACAAAUCUACUGCACCCCCUGUGAAGUAGACGUACAGUUUUUCUAGCACAACGUCCGCACGAUCGUCAACGCCGGUGUAGGAGAGUAAAAUCUAUUUUUCAUCAGAAAAGAGUGCGUUCAUCUUGCAUCGUGAACUACUCACUGAGCCGCGUAUGCAAGAUGCCGCAGGUCUUGUGGUGAAAGAUUGAUUUUGCGUUUGCACAAAGCACCAACUCUGCUGCGGCCACCUCCACCUCGAGCUGCUCUUCAUCUACCGGGAUGUCUAUGCAACUUCGAAAAAACGGUCAGGAAAAGAGGACUUUGUCAUGCAUACUUCGUCCGGAGCGGAAUUCUGUCAUGCGGAGAUUGAUAGCAGAACAUAUGUACUUGUAAAACCCGAAGCAAAAAAAACCAUGAUCCGCGGGACACGUUUUGGAAAUCGGGCUUCUUUCUUGACCACGACCACUUCGUCUGCAUAGUACUAAACCGUGGUCCGCAGUUUUUUCAAGCCCGUCCAGUAAUCUCGUUAUCAAGGAACAGUCAGAGGCACUCGCCGCGCUUGUCUUCACUAGUAUCAAUCUUCAAGAACAGAAUCUCACAAAUCUGCACACUUGUUUAUAUGUUGUCUGUGUCAUUAGAUAGAAUAUUGUACCACCGCCGGUCGUUUGAUGGAGUUCGAUUUUUUACACCAUGAACCCCUUCCUCUGUGCGGAUGCGGAAGUAGACAGAGGGAAAAUCGAGUUUUAGAUUUUCUCCCAGCAGGAAGAGGCGACAUGGUCUCUGGUGCUGCAAUAUUAUGCAUUGCAAAAAUGUCUGGGUCUGGAAACUUGUGAUGCUAAAAGUGGAUGGUAGCCGGACUGUAAAACGCAGCCAAGCAUGACAAAUUUUUGAGCUGCUAUGCGUUGCGUAUUCCGCAUGAGAAACUGCGUUUUUGUAUGACAGGUAGGAGAGGCUUUAUUUCGUCUCCAUGCAUUACAGAUUCUCGAGUCAUGUCAGAAAUGCAUGACAAAGGUAAGAAUCUUCCAGACCCAGACAUUUUCGCAAUCCAUAAAUAUGAAGAAGCAUUGCGUUCUUGCGUGAUUGGUGCUCGGAGGGACACUAUCAACUGUAAAAAUGUCUGGGUCUGGAAACUUGUAAUGCUGCGUUGGGAAUGGUGAAUGCUCUGUAAUGCACAGCCAAGCAUGAAAAAUAUCUGCGCUUCUUUGUGUUGCGUUUUUCGCAUGACAAACUGCGUUUUUGCAUGACAAGCAAAAUGGUCUCUCCUUGGACGCGCAUCACAAACUUUUUAGUCAUGCCAGACAAGCAUGACAAGUCCCGCAAUCUUCCAGACCCCGACAUUUUUGCAUUUGAUAGGCAAGGUGGGCCCUUUUGGAUUGAUACGUGCCGGGGUCGGAUGCCCAGUCCCCGUUCGUGUCGGGAUCGGAUGUUACCAGUCGGUUCGUGCCGCAGGUACUAUAUGCAAUACUUACUUAUUUUGAUUUACCGCUGCAAAGAGAAAAAUCAAUGAAAAACUGAAGACGAUGAUCAGCCAACGUUCCAUUUCUGUUUGUCACGCAUGAAACACAAAAUCAUGGGGCUCUUGCCUGAUUGGUCCUAGUAUGACGAGCAUUGGGCAGUUAGAUCCUUUUGAAAUGAUAACUACAGGCGUCCAGCAGCAUCGGGUCCAAAAAACCACUCGGACUCGCAGCAUCCAGAUCUGCGACUACAUCGCGAUUCGUCGCGCCGGCGGUAUUGAAGAUGCAAUAUCUUGACUUUGAUGCACAUUUUCCUUCACCUCUUCUUUUGCCAGAGAAAAUAUACUAUCACUAUGACCCCGAGAAGCACACGACUCACUGCUUGUCAUGCAUGAACUGCACCGCCGUGUUCCAAAGUGUGAAAUCGUGGUGGCAUUUGCAUGUCACAUUUUGUUGGUAUGAUUUAAAUUUAAUUGCUCUGAUCAAAUCACAACAACCGCUCCCAACAUUGAUACACUAUCCAACGUUGAAGCUUGUGCCCAUAUCAUGGAAAGGUCGUGUACUGCAUGGUCUGGCCGAAUCAUGCUGUCCUUCUCGCAUGGCAAAAACAGUACUUACCCAUGAUUCAUGA